AUGCUGUUUUUAUACACCACUUUCAGGUUAGUUUCGGCAGCUGGAACCGUCGAAUUGUCAUUUGAGCCUCCAAGUGGUAAACUCUUCGUCGGCAGUGAGGAUAAUAUCAAGUGUUUGGUUAAAAAUCCAGCCCCUUCAUCGGAAGAAGGAAAAAUUAGUUUAAGUGCAGAGCCCGAAGAUCCGGAGCUGAUUUAUCUUAACCAAAUUACCAGCCAAGUACAACCACCUCUUGGCCACCUAACUUAUCAGAAAGCUGGACAAACAACAGUAACCUGCACAUGGACCGGGAACACAGAACCAGCUGUUAUAAAAACACUGAAUGUUCAAGUUUUGGCGAGUGAAACAACCAACAAAGGCGCCAAAAUACGACUGGUGCAUACUGAAUACUUUAUUAUUACGAGCUUUCUGCUCUCAAUCGCCAAGUAGGUUAAUGACACAUCUCUGGACGGUCCUGUGCGAAAGGAUGGGGGACGUUUUGUUUCUUCUUUAUAAUUCCUGCAUCGCUAUUCGUGACUUUGCUGAAAUUUGCGAAGUAAAAUCUGCCUAACGAAAAGA